AUGGCCGACGAUAAGUUUGACGAUGAGCCUCUCAACACAGACAAUGGUGCUGGGCGACCUCCACAACGCGAGCACAAGUACUCUACUGCAGACAUGAAGCCAGAGAAUCCUUGGAAGCGGAUCUGCUGUACCAUUUUGACUUGUCUCGUUUGUAUCGCCAUCAUGAUUCUCAUCUCCCUUCUCAUGCAAAAGCUCUUCGAUCCACCCGAAGAUGAGGACUGGUCUGAUGAUGCCGUGAAUGCAACGGAUGAUGAUAUUGUGGGAGUCGCAGGUGCAUUGACCGGCGCAGCCGCUACACUCCCUAAGAAUAUGGCAUUCAUCGAAGACGUUUGUUCCGAAGCACGCAUUGGAGAAGACGAUACUGCAGCCUGUGAAGCUGCCUGUACUCCUGCUAAGGACUGUUGCAACCCCUAUUCUGGUGGUGGCAAUAGUACUUGCUUUGAAGGAGAACAAACUGGAUGCUUUGCCUAUUCCAAGUGUCACUCCUUGACUGGUUUCUUUGAUGCUGCUCAUAAUGAUUUGGAUCGAGUCUGUAGCAAAGCCAGCCUUGAAAUCAACCGGGAAGAGUGCGAACAGGCGUGCUCCUCUCUUUCCUGUUGCUACCAGGAAUCGGAAUCUUGUGUCGCUAAACAUUUCGAGGCAUGCUUGGAUUAUGCGGCUUGUCAAAAUCUGAAAGAAGACUCUAUUGGUGUGGCACCCAUGGAUUUGGAUGAAACCUGUGAAAGGUCGUCACCUGUCUGCAAGAGAGAGU